AUGGGGUCUCGCAAACGGGAGCGGGAGACGAAUGGAGAGGAAGAGGGGCGCGAGCGCAAAGAGGCUCGGGUUGAGGCCGGAAUGGCGGAGUUGGCGUUGAGGCCUAUGAGUGUAGAGGGCAAAAAAGCGAAGAAGUCGAAGUACGUGCCGGAGGUAGCUGAGGGCGUGAAUCCGUUCAACGGGCAGCCGUUUAGUCGUCGAUACUAUGACUUGUUGAGCGUGCGGGAACGGUUGCCGGCUUAUGAGGCGCGGAAGAAGUUUUUGAAGACGGUGAAGCGGCAUCAAUGCACGGUGGUAGUGGGUGAAACGGGGUCGGGGAAGACAACGCAAUGUACGCAGUUCCUAUUGCAGGCGGGUUACCACCGUGACAAGUGCAUCGCUUGCACACAACCUCGGCGCGUGGCGGCCAUGUCGGUAGCACACCGUGUCGCCGAAGAAAUGGACGUGGAACUUGGCAAACAAGUCGGCUACCGUAUACGCUUCGAAGAUGUCACAGAACCGGGCACCACGCUCCUGAAGUACUGUACCGAUGGCAGCCUUCUGCGCGAGGCGCAGACCGACCCGCUCCUUUCCAACUACAGCGUCAUCGUACUCGACGAAGCACACGAACGAACACUGGAUACAGACAUACUCUUCGGUCUUCUCAAAGAAAUCAUCAAAACCAGGAAAGACCUUAAAGUCGUCGUCAUGAGCGCCACUCUGGAUUGCGAAAAAUUCCAAAAGUACUUUGAGGCACCCGUCGUCUUCAUCCCAGGCAGAGUUCAUCCCGUGGAAAUACUAUACACCGAAAGUAAGUCCACCCCCCC